AUGGGGACCCAGCGCACAUUUAUCGCUCGUGGAGUUCGGUUUGCUGCCCCUGCCCCGAGCAUUUAUCAGCGCCAGGCCGUCCUUGUGCCAGGGGAAGGGCGACAGGUGGGGAAAUCUCCAGCGGCGUUCAGGCUGUCUCUGAUGCUGCUCCAUGCCCGGUCGAUUUUCGUCGGAUUUUCUCUGUUGGUGCUUGCUAGGACUGCUCCAGUUUAUGCUUACAGUGUGCGCUGGCCUGUGAUACUUCUGCUUUGCAGUCUGGGGUUCCAUCGUUGCCAUGAAUGCCCUGUUCAAGGUUUCAUGGCUCACAUGCUGAAAACCAUCCGUGUCAACCUAUCAGUUAGGUCUGCCUCAUGCAUGAUGAUGGUUUACCUAGCCCCUGUGACAACCUUCGUCGUACGGUUGUUCAGUGUGCAUUACAGCAGAAAGUGGACGUGCUUUCUGUUUGGGAUGUGGUUAGCCAUGUUUCCCUUUUUGUUUGAGAAGAUCAACAGGACAAGGUUUGUUUUCUCUGGUGAAAAGGUGCCCCCAAAAGAGUGUGUCUUGCUGUUUGCUAACCACAGAACUGAGGUAGAUUGGAUGUACCUGUGGGAUCUUGCAUUGAGGAAAGGCCGUUUGCAGUCUAUCAAGUACAUCCUCAAGAAAAGUUUGAUGAAGUUGCCUAUUUUCAACUGGGCAUUUCACAUUAUUGAGUUUAUUCCAGUAGAGCGGAAUUGGGAGGUUGACGAACCACUAAUCCGAAGAAGGCUUUCUCAACUGAAGUACCCCAAGGAUCCCCUUUGGCUUGCAGUUUUUCCAGAAGGCACUGAUUAUACCGAGAAGAAAUGCAUCAAAAGUCAAGAGUAUGCGGCAGAGCAUGGUUUGCCUAUUCUGAAAAAUGUCCUCCUUCCCAAGAUAAAGGGUUUCAAUUGCUGCCUGCAAGAGCUGAGGAGUAACUUGGAUGCUGGUAACCAUCUGUCUCUGCCCUUCAUAACUCUCCUUUGGAGUUUAUCACCUCAAUUCUUUGUUGUAGCAUUUUAUGAAGCUAAUGGACGGAGGCAUGGGUCAAAGAGAAGGACAGGGCUUAAUGUCGCCGCCUCCGCCAAGUGGUUCAAAGAGAAGGAGAGGGUGGGGGGCGGGGUAUUCCUUCUUACACUCCCACUGACUUACAGCUUUCUGAUCAAUGCAGUUUACGACAUCACGAUCGCAUACAAGCAUCGGCUCCCGACGUUCAUGGACAACGUGUACGGCAUCGACCCCUCUGAGGUCCACGUCCACACCAAGAUCAUCCAGGUCUGUGACAUACCAACAGCAGAGGACGAAGUAUCCAGCUGGCUCACGGAGAGGUUCAGACUGAAGGACGAGCUCCUGUCUGAUUUUUUGGCACAAGGCCACUUCCCCAAUGAAGGAACCGAAGAAGACCUGUCCACGCUCAAGUGCGUCGCGAAUUUCCUUGCGGUGAUCGGCAUGACGGCCUUCUUCAUCUACCUGACCCUGUUCUCGUCCGUGUGGUUCAGGGUCUUCGCGGCGUGCAGCGCCUCUUUCCUCACGUUUGCCACGGUGUACUCUAUACACGCGCCUCAGAUCGUGUGUUUGCCGGAGGCCGGCGCCCACGCCAAGAAAGCUUGA